GUUUUGUUUCCGUUUCUUCCAUUUCCGUUCUAACUUUCCUGAAUCAAAAGUGCGAUGUGUGGCGAUCGUUUAAAAGUUUCAAAAGUUCCCCAAAGUCACCGUUUACACAAUUUUAGUGUUAUAUUUCGAAACUCAAAACGACUCCAAUAUGGCAACUACGUUUGCAUGUUCUCGCGCGUCCUCGCUCUUCAAACCAUCGCCUUCUAGCAGUGCUAAGCUACCGAAUAAUAACAAAGUACUGCGGAUCAGAGUUUUUGGGAUGGUUUAAGAACGUUUAUUAUGGCAUGUACAUGUCCGUUAGAUAGGAAAUAAUCGUGAUGGGCCUAGUCACAUCCCAGGCCUCGGUUUUGCGUGAGAGUUGUAGGGGUUGAGAGAGGCGCCUCGGUGGUUCAGCAGUCUCCUCCUCUCCGCUCCCUCCAUGGAGGCUCACAAUAAACCAUGUUUAGAGGAACUUAACUGUUCACCGCUGACACGUCGGUCUGCUUCCUAAAACAAAGCCACAAAGGCAUUCCUGGUGACUGAAUAUCACUGGUAGAAUGUCAAAAAGUGAGGCUGAGGAGAUGAUUGAGAUUGAGAUUGAUGGACAAGAAAAACAAGAAUGCCUAGAAGAAGGAAUCGAGGAGCAGACCAUCACAGCGAGCGAUCUCAUCACUCAGGACAUCGAUAUCAAUGAGCCUGUUGGUAACUUGAAGAAGUUGCUGGAGCCCCGACUACAGAUUGCUCUGGACGGAUAUGAUAUUUGUCUGCAGGACAUCCACCUGCACCCUGACCACAGCCUUUUUGACCAGGGUGUGAAGACUGAUGGCACAGUGCAGCUCAGUGUGCAGAUCGUCACCAAACCAGGUGAGGAGAAGUUGAACAUACUGGAGAUAGUAAAGCCAGUAGAGACAGUGGAGGUGGUGAUAGAUCCUGACGCAGCCACAGGAGAGGAGGCUCACUUGGUGGAGGAUGGUCAGAUGAUAGCAGUGGAGCGAGCUGCCAUUGCAGAUGAGACCUCUGAACAGGUGACCCGAUGGGCAGCCGCACUGGAGGGCUACCGCAAGGAGCAGGUCCGGCUCAGUAUUCCUUAUGACCCGGUGCAAUGGACGGCAGAUCAGGUGAUCCACUGGGCCGUGUGGGUGAUGAAGGAGUUCAACAUUGAGGAGAUUGAGGUUGGAGGCAUCCACAUCCCGGGUCGGCAACUGUGCGCCUUCAGUCAAGAGGAGUUUCUCCAGAGAGUGCCCAAUGGAGAGAUCCUUUGGAGCCACCUGGAGCUGUUGCGCAAAUAUGUUCUGGCAAGUCAGGAGCAGGGACAGGAAGCUACAGUCACUAUUGACCAACCUGUGCAGAUCAUCCCUGCGCCUGUACAACAGGUCACACCCACAACCAUUAAGGUGCAGAAGCAUAACAAAGUGCCCCGAGCUCCACGCAUCUCUGGAGAGGAGCGCAGUUCACCUGGAAACCGUACAGGUAAUAAUGGACAAAUUCAGUUAUGGCAAUUCCUGCUAGAGCUGCUGACUGAUAAGGAUGCCAGGGACUGCAUUUCCUGGGUUGGGGAGGAGGGCGAGUUCAAACUCAACCAGCCAGAACUGGUGGCUCAGAAAUGGGGACAGAGGAAGAACAAACCCACCAUGAACUAUGAGAAGCUCAGCAGAGCCCUCAGAUACUACUAUGAUGGAGACAUGAUCAGCAAAGUGCAGGGCAAGCGCUUCGUCUACAAAUUUGUUUGUGACCUGAGAACUCUGAUUGGCUACAGCGCUGCUGAGCUCAACAGCCUGGUGACGGAGUGCGAGCAGAAGAAACUGGCCCGGGUGCAGCUGCAUGGCAUCGGGCAACCCGUCAGCACAGUUGCCCUGGCAACGGCCGCAGGACAGCCAGUCACCACAGUCACGCUGGCCACUGCUGCCACACUGGAGAAGGACAGCUGAGUGGGAGGGGCUAUGUGAGAUAUGAUGAGAUGAGAAGGGCAAAGCAAAGCAUGGGCAAAGACUUUGGGCAGGACAAGUGCAUUUAUGAAUGGGUGUAUGUGUGUGUCUGUGUAUAUAUAAAAAUAUGUGUUAAGGGACAUUAUAGCAGGUCUCAAAAGAGAGCAUGAUUCGGGGUGUGUGUGUGAGAGUGAGAGUGAGAGAGAGAAUGACCAUAUUUGAGCUUUGAGUUUGUGUAUGCUUCUUCUCUGACUUCAGGGUAGCAUUGGCUGCAUUUUCAUUGUGUAUAUACUCUAUGUUUUUGAUAGCCACAACGGCAGUGUAUUUUGAUAUUUUCCAUUUCUAAAGGAUUUUUUUUUUUUUUUUUUUAAUUUUGAGGUUGACUCCCUUAAGGUGCGGUACUUUUAAAUGUCCACCAGGGGGAAAUAAAGAGAACUUUUGAAUAGA